AUGAGCUCGUCAAACGGCCAUAAUCGAACGAGCUCUCUCGAUCCAUUUUCUCAUCCGGACAUCUAUUACGGAAACGACGAGACGAUCUCGCGCAUUAAAAGCCGUCGACGGGCAUUUUCCUCGACUUUGAAGUCGUUUAAUAAAGAGGAUAUCCAAGAUUUCCUGGGUGGACGGUUGGCAAGAAGGGGCAGCCAUGAUGAGAGUUCCGGUCAGCCCCGAAAGUUCCUUAUCGAUGUCAACGAGACGCUGCACACACUCUUGGAGAGGGAGGAUAGCGACAGGAAUAUGCAGAUAACGAUCGAGGAUGUCGGGCCGAAGGUGCUUUCCGUCGGAACUGCCGCUUCUUCUGGGUACAAUAGAUUCGAUGUGCGGGGGACGUAUAUGCUCUCCAAUCUCCUUCAGGAGCUUACCAUAGCCAAGGAUUACGGUAGGAAGGUCAUCGUGUUAGAUGAGGAACGCCUAAGCGAGAACCCUGUUUCUCGUCUCUCACGCCUGAUCAAGCACUCGUUCUGGAACGCUCUCACCCGACGAAUCGACGGUUCGAAUAUCGACGUUUCUGGAAAAGAUCCAAAGGAUUGGACGAAGAACCCCCAGCCUCGUAUCUAUAUCCCGCCAGGUGUUCCUGAGCAGAUCGAGUACUAUAGAAAUAUCGCAAAGUCCCGCCCAGAGCUUCGUCUGGAUGUGCAGGUGUUAGACACUGAUAUCACACCGGAAUAUGUGAAAGACCUCAACCACAAGCCUGGGAUUUUAGCAUUGGCAAUGGACGAAACGUACGAUGAAUCUACCAAGAAGACAGAGUAUUCGGGAGUGCCAUUUGUCGUUCCUGGGGGUAGAUUCAACGAGCUGUAUGGGUGGGACAGCUACAUGACAUCUCUGGGGCUGAUAGUCAGUAACCGAGUUGACCUAGCCAAGGCCAUGGUAAUCAACUUCUGCUUCUGCAUCAAGCAUUAUGGAAAGAUCCUGAACGCCAACCGCACUUACUACCUGACUCGAUCCCAACCGCCUUUCCUGACGGACAUGACCUUGCGUGUCUACGAACGAAUAAAGUCUGAACCCGAUGCUAUGGAUUUCUUGCGCAAUGCAACCCUCGCUGCCAUCAAGGAAUACCACAGUGUGUGGACGGCAGCGCCGAGGUUAGACCCGGUGUCUGGUUUGUCACGGUAUCGCCCAGAAGGGUGGGGGGUGCCGCCAGAGACCGAACCUACUCAUUUCACGCAUGUCCUUAGUCCAUAUGCGGAGAAACAUGGCAUGGAAUUCAAGGAAUUCGUCCAUGCCUACAAUGAUCGUAAGGUCGAGGAACCCGAACUCGACGAGUAUUUCUUGCACGAUCGGGCUGUUCGCGAAUCUGGCCACGAUACAAGCUACCGGCUGGAGAGGAUCUGUGCGAAUUUAGCCACGGUGGAUCUGAACUCCCUUCUCUAUAAAUAUGAGGUAGAUAUUGCCCGGCUGAUCCGGACAUACUUUAAAGACAAACUUGAAAUUCCUCCCGAGUUCCGCACGCCGGCGACCAAAGAUAUUGCGAGCGAGUCCUCAUCCGUAUGGGACCGCCGAGCAAGGCGGCGAAAGAUGAGAAUGGACACCUACAUGUGGAAUGAAGACAAAGGGAUGUACUUCGACUACGACACGGUGAAACAGGAACGGACAUUAUAUGAGAGUGCAACGACUUUCUGGGCCAUGUGGGCUGGCCUCACCACACCGCAACAAGCGGGCGACAUGGUGAAGAAAGCCCUCCCCAGAUUUGAGGCCUACGGCGGCCUUGUAUCUGGCACGGAAGAAUCGCGAGGUGCAAUCAGUUUGGAACGACCUACACGGCAAUGGGACUAUCCGUACGGCUGGGCACCCCAGCAGAUGCUCGCAUGGACCGGACUGUUGCGCUACGGGUAUCAGGAAGAAGCGGAACGACUCGCUUAUAAGUGGCUGUAUAUGAUCACCAAAGCAUUUGUGGAUUUCAACGGAGUCGUCGUUGAGAAAUACGACGUGACUCGGCCAAUCGAUCCACACCGUGUGGAUGCAGAGUACGGCAACCAGGGUGUAGAUUUCAAGGGCGCACCUCGAGAAGGAUUCGGCUGGGUCAAUGCUAGUUAUGUGUUUGGUUUGGAAUUCCUCAACGCGCAUGAAAGGCGUUCUCUGGGAACUAUCACGCCGUAUGAGACGUACAGCAAGGCCGUACUGGCCCAGGAAGAACUAGAAAGUCUAUAG